AUGGCACGAACAGUAAAGAAGACCACAACCUCUCAAAACACCUCCCGCACAUUCAACAUCCCCAAUAAGCUGCACCGCCAGUCCCACAAUGUGCGUAUCAAGUCGGCCCUCGCCUCACAGAAGCGCUCGGAGCGCUUCGAACGCAAGAAGGCCGAGACCCGCGACCCCUCCCUCCGCGAGCAGCGCAUAAAGACAAACAUCCCCGCUACCAUAGAGCGAAAGCGUGUAUGGGAUGAGCGAGUCGAGGGCGCAAUUCCCGGCCGCCGCGAGACAGCCAUUGAAGCUGCUGCGGCGGCAGCAGCAGCAGCACCACCACAGAAGAAGCAGAAGAAGAAGCGCAGCUCAGAUGAUAUGGAUACGGACUCUGACGCCGACUCAGAGGAGGAGGAGGAGGAGGACGACGACGACGAGAAGCCGAAAGAGCCAGAGCCCGAAACACCAGAACAGAUCGAAGCCCGCCUGCUAGCAGCCCGCGAGAAGGAGCAGGCAGCAAAGGCAGACUCGGAGGAGACACAAGCGCUGUUCCCCACGCUGCUAACAACCCCCGCGGCCGAGAAGGCCUCCUACCCGGUACCGCGCAUCCUGAUCACCACCUCGCGCAACUGCCAUGUGCACCAGCCCGCCGAGGACCUCACCAUGCUUUUCCCGAACGCCACUUACAUCCCGCGCGGGCGGCCAGGCACACACGCCCACAGCAUCAAGGAGAUCUGCAGCUACGCCGCCACACCGACGACCACCAACGCCGAUGGCAGUCCCAGAGAGCCAUACACGCACGUCCUCGUCGCGAACGAGGACCGCAAGAUCCUCAAUGCCCUUACAAUCAUCGUCCUCCCGGCAGGCCCCACGUUCCACUUCAGCCUGACAAACUACACCCCCGCGAAGCACAUCCGCGGUCACGGUAAUCCCACGUCGCAUAUUCCCGAGCUCAUCCUGAAUAAUUUCCUCACGCCGCUUGGGCGCGUGACGGCGUCGCUGUUCCAGUCGAUGUUUCCACGGCAGCCGGAGAUACGUGGAAGACAAGUGGUUACGCUGCACAACCAGCGUGACUUUAUCUUCCUCAGGAGACACAGGUAUGUGUUCCGCGACCGCCGCGAGGGAGAGAAGCCGGUGGGAUAUGGGCUGGAGGAUGGCGGGAAGGAUGGAGGGAAUGGGAGUAAUGGAAUGGAGGGAGAUGUGAAGGUGGGGUUGCAGGAGCUGGGGCCGAGGUUUACGUUGAAGUUGAGAAGAGUGGAGAGGGGCGUGAAGGAUGGGGUGGAGUGGGAGUGGAAGGGCGGGAUGGACAAGGACCGGAAGAAGUUUCAGUUGUAG